UCGGAAAGCCCCACAUUAUUUAUCCGAUUUUACUGAUGCGUCAAACCUUCAAUGUAUAGCAACUACUUGUUUUAUGUAUUUUGCACUGUUGGCCCCAAUUGUAACUUUUGGUGGUCUUCUUGAAGAAGCUACUCAUCAAAGAAUGUAAUGCAGAACUUAGCUAGCGGUGCGAUCUGUGGCAUCAUAUAUCACUUGUUCAGUGGCCAGCCUCUAACUAUAAUUGGCUCUACAGGUCCUGUACUUGUUUUUGAAACAACUGCCUUUGAUAUUUGCAAUAUUGCCAGAUAUGGGACAUGGAAAAUGUGA